AUGUUCUUCCUCAAGAGGAAAAAGAAGGACUCCAAGGCAAAGGACGAAAAGGCUAUCCCUCCUUCCAACGGCACAGUAGCGACCAAUGGCAACGUCGAUGGCGUGGUCUCACUCUCGGCCGCACAGCCAGCUGUCUACGACAACCAGAAGCAACAGCAACAACAGCAACAUCAAGAACAGCAGCAACAACAAGAACAACAGCAACAGCAACACCAGCAGCAGGAUUUCAAUUCUGGCGCUACCAUGUCGUUGUCCCCAGUUGUCAGUCCAGUGACCAUAGGCAACCGGCCACCUCCAGCAGUUCCCGGCGACCCCCAGUAUAUCACUGGCUCCGAGCUCGUAACUACCAUCCAAUCAGCCAGCCCUGCCAGGACCAAUGGCGCCAACUCAACCCCUGCCAGCUCCCAGCCUACUAGCGCCACCAUGCCCCCUUCCUAUAGCAGCUUGGCUUCCCCAGUGUCGCCUGCCACCCACAGCAGCAGCCCUUCGGAGACCGGUGCUUCAGUGGCCUACUCGCUCCCUUCGCCUAAUAUACCCUCAGUAUCGACACCCCAGACGGAGGCAUCGGCGGCCGUUUCGCCAUAUCAGAGUAGUCCCCUGGCCCAGAAUGCCUACCAAACAUCCACUCCUCCUAUGCACUCGCAGCCCUAUCCAGUCCCUCCUCUAUCGACGCAGUCGUACUCGGCGCCUCCAUCUGGCUUCCAGCAAUCGUAUCCUAUUUCUCAGCAGCAGCCACUGCCACCACUACCUGUCCAGCAGCAAUUUCCCUACCCUGUCACCAGCCAACCGUAUACCCAACAACACCAGCAGUAUGCGCCACCCGCACCCAAUCCAGCCUCCCAUUAUGGCCACCGCCCCUAUGUUAUGCCAGGGAGCGAGAACCAAUCAUACCCUAUUAUCAUGGCUAUCGACUGGGGUACCACUUAUUCCUCCAUGGCCUAUGCAUACCAGCAGGAUGGCGAAGUACAUGAAAUCUCUACCUGGCCAAAGCAAUCGCACAAUUACCCAAAGGUGCCCACUUGCAACUUGUAUGGACCGGACUCCAAGGAGAUUCUGGAGUGGGGAUACCCUGCCAAGAUUGCCAUGACCAAGCCCCCUUACAAGAACCACGUCUUGCUCUCAAAAUACAAGUUGCACCUGGACGAGUCUUCCGGACCUCACCCACCUCUGCCUAACGGAUUGACGGUCGUCGACGCGAUUGCGGAUUACCUCCGCCUGUUCCAUGCCCAUGUUGUCCAGACGGCAUUGAAAGGAUUCGGCUCUGCAUUCGAACAGCACCACAUCCAGUACUGUCUCUCUGUUCCGGCUAUGUGGACGGACCACGCCAAGGCAGUGAUGAGACAAGCAGCCCUUCAAGCAGGGAUGAUUACGCCCAUGGACCCAGCUCACCGCCUGCUCUUGAUCUCAGAGCCCGAGGCUGCGGCGCUUUACUGCGAAAAGAAAUGCGACCAGUUCUCGAUUGGCCACGGCCAACGGUUCAUGAUUUGCGAUGCCGGUGGUGGAACGGUCGACUUGAUUGUGUUUGAGGUGGCAUCAGGGCCCCGAGGACGGACGUUGCGCGAGGUCACACGUGGAAGCGGACACAGCUGCGGAUCCAUCUUUUUAGAUGAGCGUAUGGAGGUGUUGUUGAGGCGCAAAUUUUCAAAAUGGCAGGACAAGGGUCUCACCCCGGCCAACUGGACCCAGAUUAUGGAGACAUUUAUUCAUCAGGUCAAGCCGCUCUUUGACGGCAUCGACGACCAGUAUAUCACCAUGCCGGCUGUUCCCGGACGCGCGGAUCUGACGGACUAUGAUAUCGGGCUCGAGGAUGGAGUGCUUACGAUCACGGCAGAGGAGAUGAGACGGGAGGUCUUUGACCCAGUGGUGGACGAUGUCCUGCGUCUGAUUCAACACCAGCUUCAGCAGACCAACUUUAACUGCCAUGCUAUCUUCAUGGUCGGUGGAUUUGGCUGUUCUGGGUACCUGAACACGCGUGUCCGGACCGAGUUUGGAAACAAAGUCGGUUUGAUUGCGAUGCCCCCUCGCGCAGAGCUGGCGGUCGUCCGUGGAGCAGCCUUGGCAGGAAUCUCGCCCCGCGUGGUCGCUGCCCGUGUCGCCAGACGAUUCUAUGGAGUCGACUCGUUGAUGAGCUUUGAGUUUGGAGUCGACAUGCCUCACAAGCAGGUGCGGGACAACGAGGGCCAUAUGCGUGCUCGGGACCGGUUCUCGGUGUACGUGGUCCCUGGCCAACAGAUCGGGAUCGACGAAUGCAUCACCAAGCGGUAUGUGACCUACCAGUACCCAAACCCGAUCAACUCGCCGCUCUAUGCCUGUUCGGCGAUGAACCUCCCCCGGUAUGUCGACAGUCCGCUGGUGGAAAAGAUUGGCGAUUUUUUGAUUCCCUUGCCCUUCAUUCCAGGUGCGGUCGCUGGUCAAAAGGUUGUCUUUGAGCUCCGGAUGUAUUUUGGAGCGACAGAGAUCCGAGCUGAGGCUGAGGUCAAUGGUGUCGUUGUCAGUACGAGGUGCCAUUUCGCUGGAUGA